UUGUUCAUGAUGCCUUGUUAUGCUGAUACUAUCGUUAAAGUGAAUCAGGUUCAUCAAACUUGCAACAAGGAUUCAAAAUUGUUUGCUAUACGGGCAGUUGGUGUUUAUCCUAUUGAGAGUGAGGAUUGCGAAUUGGAUAUGACUUUAUUUAUUCCAAUGAAUGAUAAAGAGAAAGAUCCUAAUUUACAAUCGAUUUUUGAAACAAAUGAGUAUUAUUGUGUUGGUGGAAAAAUCGUGCUUGGAUUUUACAAUGGAAAUUUAAGAUUAAAAAUGACUGUCGCAUCCUCGACUCACCUUUCAAUUAAAAAAGAUUUCGGUUCAAAUAGGUGCCCAUUAAAAGUUUCGCUUGUUGGUGUUGCUCAGGAUGCACCUAAAGAGAUUAAUUGCGAAAAUGCAAUACUUAAUGUAUUAGUAAAUGAUUAUGCCGGGCAAAUUUACAGUUUUACGAUCAAAGUCAUUUUUCCACACCAUAAUUCUCGAUUCAAACAUUUAAUGAAUUCCACUCGAUUGCAUGAAUCAGUGCUUUUUGUAGGACAAAUGGAGAUUAUUGAAAAGGAUUUAUAUGUGUAUGCUGUCGAUAUUUCUUAUGUUGAUACUGGUUCUGCAACAAAGAAGAAA